AUGAAGCUCAUCCCCUAUCACGAGUCCCGCCCAUUGCGCUCGCUCAUUGCCGUCUUCGCCGCCUGGAAGGGCUUUCUGUUGGCGAUUGCCCUCGGAACGACCGUCAGUCAAGACUAUGACACGUCGACGUCUCUCUUCUUCGAGCACGCGUACGGCUCGAGCGCCAACGCAUCGAUUCUAGCAACGAGGUUGACGCGGUGGGAUGCGCUGUACUUCAUGCAAGCCGCGCGUCACGGCUAUGUGUACGAGCAGCAAUGGGCGUUUGGGGCCGCGCUGCCGCUGUCUGUGCGUGGCAUCAUGUGGCUGCUGAGGCCCUUGACGCAUCUGGCCGGUGAUGCGGCCCUCGAGCCCGUGGUGGCCAUUGUCCUUACAAACUCGGCUCAUCUGGCGGCCGUGCUGGCUCUGCACCGGCUGACUCUGGUGCUGUUUGGGAACAAGAGGCUGGCUUACGUGGCAGCGGUGCUGCAUAUCCUCUCUCCAGCCGGUCUCUUCCUAUCCGCCCCGUAUGCCGAGAGCCCGUUUGCUUGCCUUUCCUUCACCGGCAGCCUGCUUUUCGCAGCCGGGCUGCGGCCUAGCGCUACUGUUGGCAUGCGUAUGCUGGCCUUUGUCGGUGCAGGAAUCUCCUUUGGGCUGGCCACUUCGUUUAGGAGUAACGGCUUGCUCAACGGCCUUCUUUUUGCCGUAGAGGCGGUCAAGUGCUUGUCGGGCUUCUUACGCCACCCGAGCCUUUCAAGGCUUGCAUUGCUCGCCUCCUUGGUCAUCGGCGGCCUCGGCAUUGCGUCUGGGAGUGUAGUACCGCAGGCGGUAGCUUGGUCCAGGUAUUGCAACAUCGACCCGGCCGACGGUAUGGAGCCACGUCCGUGGUGUUCUCGACUGAUACCCAGCAUCUUCACCUUUGUCCAGAGCCACUACUGGAAUAAUGGCUUCUUGAAAUACUGGACGCCAAAUCAGCUUCCCCUAUUCUUGCUGGCCAGUCCUGUCCUCACGCUUCUCAUCAGCUCAGGACUGCAAGUCACUCGUAGCUUAGGCCAGGGGCUCGACCGGGCCACGCCGGUGGUUGAAGAGCCCUAUCAUACAUUUGUGCUCACGCUCGCCGUGAUACAAACGCUUGUUGCCGCGCUCGCCAUCACCAACUUCCACGUGCAAAUCAUCACUCGGCUGUCGUCUGGCUAUCCAGUAUGGUAUUGGUGGAUAGCCAACAGCCUCAGAGAUGGCAAAAGUCGCAAGACAGGAUCCGUGGCUGUCCUGUUCAUGGUGAUGUAUGCCGGCAUCCAGGGUGGCCUAUUUGCAUCGUUUCUACCGCCGGCAUGA